UCCGGUGCAAGAUUUUUACCGGAAUGUCCGAGGAAACCGACACGGUGUUGCCGGCAACUACUGCCGAUUCGCGAAAGAUAAAUAGUAUCGAUAAGGAAACCGUGCAUAAAAUUUGCUCCGGCCAGGUUGUACUGAAUUUGGCCACUGCAGUGAAGGAAUUGGUUGAAAAUUCGCUAGACGCUGGUGCAACGCUAAUCGAAGUGAAGCUCCGCGAACAAGGUGCCGACCUGGUCGAAGUUGCAGACAAUGGCACGGGAGUGGAGGAGACAAACUUUGAAGGCCUAACCGCCAAGUAUCACACGUCGAAGCUGAAGGAAUUCACCGAUCUGGAGUGCAUCGAAACGUUCGGUUUUCGAGGUGAAGCACUCAGCUCUCUCUGUGCGCUCUCGGAUAUGGUGAUCACGACACGCCACCGCACAGCCCACCAUGCCACCAAGUUAACGCUAAACCACGACGGUCGCAUCCAGACAAGGUUGCCAUGUGCCCGCUCCGUUGGAACUACGGUCACACUGAGCAAUCUUUUCGCCACGCUGCCCGUACGCAGGAAAGAGUUUCAGCGCAACAUAAAGCGCGAUUUUCUACGCAUGUGUCAGAUCCUGCAAGCGUAUUGUCUCGUUUCGGUUAAGGUGCGCAUUAUCUGCACUAAUCAGAGUGCCAAGGGUGCUAAAACGGUCUUUCUGAGCACGCAUGGUGCGGACAAUGUGCUGGACAACAUAAGAGCCCUGUUUGGACCGCAGCAGACACGCGAGCUACUGGAAUUGAAGCAAGCCAUCGGAAGCAACGGAAAGAUACAGGAUCUGGACGAAAGCGAUUUCGAUGACGGUUUGGCACUCACGCAGGAGGAAGUCGAUAACUUUAAUCUCUCCCAAUACACCAUCGAGGGUUACAUAUCAAGCUGUGCACACGGAGCCGGGCGUAGCAGCAAGGACCGCCAAUUUUACUAUGUCAACUCGCGACCCUGUGAACCGCGGCAAAUUAGCAAACUGGUCAACGAUGCGUACCAUCGAUUCAACGUACAUCAGCACCCGUUCAUUUUUCUCAACUUGAAACUGGACCGUGCCGAGGUGGACGUUAACCUUACGCCCGACAAACGGAUGGUGCUGAUGAACAAGGAAAAGAUCAUCCUGCUUGCGGUGCGCAAGUCGAUCAAGAAAACCUUUGGCAGUGUGCCGUCGUCGUUUAAGAUGCAAAAUUUAAACCUAAGCGAUUCGAGCCGUCUGCUGAACGUUUCGGUACCGUCGGAGGACGAUGAAUCGACUGGUGACCGGACGGCGGUUGACGGUUGUACCGACGGCGAAAUGCACUUUACCUUCGAGAUACCGAAAGUUCCAGCUUCCGGUUCCGGAACGGGGCUGAAGCGAAAGCGCAACGGAACGGAUAAUGGAUUGCGGAAAAUUGUCGAUUUUCUCGAAGCCAACAAGCCACUGUCGGAUAAUGUAACCGAACAAGACGAAUCAUCGAGCGAUGAAGAUGAAAAACGGUUUCUUGAGCCAAUUGCAAAAGAAGCCACAUGCAGUGAAGGAUCCUCGUCACAAGAAUCGGAAAUGGUUUCGGGAAUGGUUGCACCGCUCAGUUCCUCCCCCGAAAAUGGGGCCUCCCGUGAGCAGCUAGCUGUGAAAGUGGAAAGCUCCUCCAGUGGCAAAGUUCCAGCCAAGCGAAAGCUGAUAGAACAAGCCCACAGCUUCAGCGGCGAAACGAUCGAAAUUGAUGAAUCCGAUCCGCCGGAGCAAGCAGACGACCGAGAUGAGGGUGUGCGAAACCGAAACCACCAUCGACUAACGCUCACGAUGGACUCACUCGAGGAGCUUAUCAAGCGCGAGCAGAAACUCCAAUCGGAACAGAUCACCAAGCGACAGCAAGCACUGACGCACCUCAAGUUCAAGAGCAAAAUCAACCCCACCAGCAACAAGGCGGCCGAAAACGAACUGCAGACGGAGAUAGCAAAGUCGGAUUUCGCGGCGAUGCAGAUCGUUGGUCAGUUCAACCUCGGCUUCAUUGUGUGCCGACUCGCGGACGAUUUGUUCAUCGUCGAUCAGCACGCGACGGACGAAAAGUACAAUUUCGAGGACCUGCAGCAGACGACGGAGCUACAGAACCAGCGGCUUAUGGUGCCGCAACCCGUCGAACUGACCGCCGUCAAUGAGAUGAUACUGAUCGACAAUCUUGACGUGUUCGAAAUGAACGGUUUCAAGUUCGAAAUCGACGGGGCGGCACCGACCACUCGGAAAGUGCGCUUGAUCGCCAAACCGUACAGCCGUAACUGGGAGUUUGGCAAGGAGGACAUCGACGAGCUGAUCUUUAUGCUCCAGGACGCCACAGGCACAGUGUGCAGACCGUCGCGGGUCCGUGCCAUGUUUGCUUCCCGUGCGUGUCGGAAAUCGGUCAUGAUGGGUACGGCACUGUCGCUGUCCCAAAUGGUACGUCUCGUACGUCACAUGGGAGAGAUCGAGCAACCAUGGAACUGCCCUCACGGACGACCGACGAUGCGCCAUUUGGUGAAUCUUGCGAUGAUAUAUCGAGAACCGAAGAUGUAA